CGCCACACAAGGGUCACCGACCGACGAGUCGACGUUGAUUGCAAAUUUUGAUUCUCAGAUGAGAUGAGUUGGAGAUGAGCAAUUGUUGUCCACAUCCGAUAGAAAAUGCUGAAAACAACAAUAUCACUACAACAUCUGAUUCAAAUACUACAAAUACUAUUAACCACUACGCGUGAAGACCAAGCAUCGCCAUGUCAAGAUUUCUGACAAUUGGAAAUAUUAGGAGAGCUGCACAUUUUAUUCAAGCAAGGCAGAGGAGCAUCUAUUCAGAAGGAAGCAAGUAUGGGUUGGCCGUUGCGGCUGGGUCAUAUUCCCCCCAAUAUAGAUUAUACUCGCGGUUGUUUCCUAGCGGGGGAAAUGGUUCAUUCAUGGCACACAAAAUUAAGGAUGGUUUCCACAAUAAUAGUUUUCCAAGAAAGUUUUCAUUCAUCCCGGCGAGUAAAACAGCAGCAUAUCAUGCCCAAAUUGCUUGGAAGAGGCUCACACAGAUAUCUUCUCACAAUGGUAGAAGUCAUCCCCACAUAAGUAAAAUCGCUCAAGCAGUCAGCUUGGCCUUGGCCAGAUCUUAUGUGGUUGUUCCUGGUUUGUUUGCUUUAACAUGUGGGAAUGUAGCAUGGGCACAAGCAUCAGCAAAUACAGAUCUCUUCCAGCCAAGGAAUACUUUGUACAUGCGUGCAGAAGAUGGGCAUGCUUUUUUGACUGCAUUACUCCUCUCAGUAUUUGAAGGUGUUGUCCUGUUGCUAAGAGCUCUUUAUUUAGCAAUCUUGUUCUCACCCAGCAUAGUAAUGGCCCCAUUUGCGGAUUCUCUUGGACCUGAGUUUAGGAAAACGUGGCUUCGGGUAGUUCAUAAGACGCUGGAAAGAGCAGGCCCAGCAUUCAUAAAAUGGGGCCAAUGGGCAGCCACACGGCCAGACCUCUUCCCUAGGGAUUUAUGCUCCGAGCUGUCAAAGCUCCACACCAAAGCACCUGAACAUAGCUUCGCUUAUACAAAGAAGACUAUUGAAAAAGCUUUUGGUCGUAAGCUUUCUGAAAUUUUUGAUGAUUUUGAAGAGGCACCCGUAGCAUCUGGAAGUAUUGCUCAAGUGCAUCGAGCUUCUCUAAGGUCUAGAUAUCGUGGUCGACAGAUCAAGCCCAUUGUAGUUGCGGUAAAGGUUAGGCAUCCUGGUGUUGGUGAAUCAAUCAGAAGAGAUUUUGAAAUAAUUAAUAUAGCAGCAAAGAUUUCAAUGGUCAUUCCUACCCUGAAGUGGUUGAGGUUGGAUGAAAGCGUACAACAGUUUGCGGUUUUUAUGAUGUCUCAGGUUGACCUUGCAAGGGAAGCUGCCCAUUUGAGCCGCUUUAUUUACAAUUUUCGCAGAUGGAAGGAUGUUUCUUUUCCUAAGCCUGUAUAUCCACUUGUGCAUCCUGCUGUUUUGGUGGAAACUUUUGAGCAAGGGGAAAGUGUCUCACACUACGUUGAUGAGCUUGAAGGACAUGAUAGAGUUAAAAGUGCGCUUGCCCACAUUGGAACACAUGCACUUUUGAAGAUGCUUCUGGUGGACAAUUUUAUUCAUGCUGACAUGCACCCUGGAAAUAUCCUUGUCCGGGUAGCUAAGAGCAAGUCUUCUCGGAAACGGCUUUUUAAAUCAAAGCCUCAUGUCAUUUUCCUUGAUGUAGGCAUGACGGCUGAACUUUCUAAGAGUGAUCGAGUAAAUUUAUUAGAGUUUUUCAAGUCUGUUGCCCGUCGGGAUGGUCGCACUGCAGCAGAGUGUGCGCUUAGAUUAUCGAAGCAACAGAACUGCCCUAAUCCAGAGGCUUUCAUCAAGGAAGUGAAAGAUUCCUUUGAUUUUUGGGGUACUCCAGAAGGUGACUUGGUCCAUCCUGCGGAUUGCAUGCAUCAUUUACUUGAGCAAGUUAGGCGUCAUAAAGUCAACAUUGACGGCAAUGUCUGCACUGUAAUGGUUACAACUUUGGUUCUUGAGGGUUGGCAGCGGAAGCUUGAUCCUGAUUAUGAUGUGAUGCACACGCUACAAACGCUGUUACUCAAAGUUGACUGGGCGAAGUCACUUUCCUACACAAUUGAAGGGCUCAUGGCACCAUAAGAAGGUUCUUGUCUGUUUUGUUCCUGCAUACCAAUUUUGACAGUUUAAAAUCGCUUUGGAAAAAAAAAAAAAAAAAAACAUAUCUCUGUCCGGAGAAAGACCUGGAGCAUCUCGGGUUUGUUCUUUUAUCUCUUCAGCUGGCUCUUAUCGUGGGCCUUCUCAUAAAUUUUUAUAAAGGAAAGUUUUGUCCCGUAUUUAUUGGCAAGUUAUUGUUCCACUGAUAAUUACUUUUUACUCAAGCCUCCCAACUCACAGGCAGAGGCACUAAAAAUGGGGAGACAGAAAGAAAUGAAGACGCGACUUUUUGACGUUCCUGUACAUUUCAGUUUCUUUCUCCCGAAAGAGAUUAACAAAAAAGACCUAUUCAUUUAGAUGUUAUUGAAAUUCGUGUUGAUGUCUUCAGUUUGUGUACAUCUUAUGAGGGGGAGAAAAAAGUGUUUUGGUUUGCGUAAGUGACCUUGCAAUUCAAUAGUUGCACAUUUUUUGAUUUGUAUAGUUGACUUUUAUGCCAUAAUUCCACAUCCACGCGCCUUGGUCAUCUUUAGAGGGUGGUGGGUACUGCAUAAAAUGUUGCCAUUCUGGAUACAAGAUGAACCACCAUGUUGCACGUACGAGAGGCCGUGUAGAGCAGUUGUUAUUGAAGUUUGCAGCACCAAAAGGGGAGGAUUUGACUUGAUGAAUCUAUCAGUUGAGGUUUUGUGUCACGGAUGAUAGAAAGAUUGUUGGAAUGUAGUAUCAGAACUUACUGCCAAUAUCCUCGUUUUUGUUCUUGCAUAUCCUGAAAGAUGUAGCUGAUGAGUAGAUAAUGUCCUAUUUUUUGCAAAGAUAUAGUUGUACGUGAUCAAUGACGUAGAUAUAUAAUAAUGCUUCAUGCUAUUUUAGUAUAGGUAUAAAUAAGAAUGUGUGAGGCGAAGGAAACAAGUACCUUAGCCAAAAAAAAAAAAAAAUCUGCCAGAAGAGCAAAAACAUGAUUGGGUGCAGCGCUGAUGAAGUCGACAAUUUCCCGCAAAAUAAUGAAAGAAAAAAGAAAAAAAAAAAGAGUGGGGUAGGGAUAGGACGACUUCAUCAACGCUGCACUCAAUGAUGUUUCUUAAAUCUGGAUAUACAGACUCCUUGCCUUUGCCUCUAUUGCAUUAGAUCAACAAUCUCUCUCUCUCUCUCUCAAACACAUUAGCUUUACAAUCUGUUCAUAUAUAUAUAUAUAUAUAUAUGAAUGUAACCAGAUGAUCGUACAACGAAUUAGUACAUUCAUUUGUACUGCAAUUUCACUUGCCAUACUUGAUGAUAUUCCUUCUCUCUGGACUGCUUACUAUAUUAUAAAUAAGAGUUGGUUAAAAUAUGUACUAGUUGAUCUAUUGUACUGAAAACAUGUACUACCAUCCUUCUGUCCACAACUUGGGAAAACGAAAAGGUCUGGUUACUACUAAUGCUACCUUUUCUCUUCUAAAAACACUACCCUUGUCAAAUAAUCAAUAGAAAGAAUUGUGGACUUAUUCGCAAUUGCAAUCUAUCGAAGAUGUGAGAACAAUUAUUCAUUUUUUUGUUUUUCUUGUUUUAUCUUGACCGUUUUUCUUUUUAUUAUCAAUAACAAUUAUUUUUAACUCGGCAAGGAGGGGAGGAUGGGAUGAGUUGAAUCUAGACUACAGGAGAGUGUCUUUACCAAUUGGGCUACCUAGUUCAUCCCCUAUGUGGAGAUUUAAACACUCUAAUGUUGCAUUUGGUGUAUAAAAAUGGAAUGUAAGUGUAAAUGGAAUGAGAAUGGGAAUGAAAUGAUCAUUCUUAUUUUAUU